AUGUCUUCAAUUUUCAAACUAUCAACUCGUACAAUAAUGACCUCCACCACUACUAAUUCCAUUAAACCAAAAGUGUUGAGAUUGGGUAUCACUCAUUAUGCCCAACACAAAUGGGAUCAAUUGAGUAAAAUCGCCGAGAUAAUUGAUUGUGAAUCAACUAAUCGUGAAGAGUUCAUUCAUGAUUUACAAACCAAAUAUAAUGACAUCACCAAUAUUUCUCGAACUUUUGCUUCAAUCAAACAAACGGGAAGAUUUGACAAUGAAUUAGCUAAACAUAUGCCAACUACUUUAAAAGCCAUUAGCCAUUGUGGUGCUGGAUACGACCAAAUUGAUGUCACACCAUUCACGGAAAUAGGGGUUCAAAUCUCUAAUGUCACUGUUCCGGUAGAGGGCCCAACUGCUGACACGGCCAUAUAUUUGGUUUUAGCAUGUAUGAGGAAUUUUCAAAUUGGUCACAAUAUCUUAGUCAAUGGAGAAUGGCCCCAACUGAAAAACAAGAAGAAGAAGAAAAUUUCUCAUGCACUUUCUAUUGGCAAUAGUCCUGAAGAUAAAGUUGUCGGGAUAUUGGGGAUGGGUGGUAUUGGUAGAGCUAUAAGAGAUAGAUUAAAACCAUUUGGGUUUGGGAAAAUAGUGUAUCACAAUAGAAAUAGAUUAUCAGAAGAAUUAGAGGCCGGGGCAGAGUAUCUUAGUAUGGAUGAAUUGCUUAAUCAAUCAGAUAUUAUUAUUGUGAGUGUUCCAUUAAAUGCUCAUACUAAACAUCUUGUCAAUAAGUCUUUAAUUGAAAAAAUGAAAGACGGGGUUAUUUUAAUUAAUACCGCUAGAGGUGCCGUUAUUGAUGAAAAAGUGCUCCCCGAGUUGAUCAAAUCGGGUAAAAUUGGUUCAUUUGGUGCUGAUGUAUUUGAAAAUGAACCUGAAGUAUCACCCGAAUUGUAUGAGUUACCUCAAGUUGUUAGUUUACCACACAUGGGUACAUAUACAGUUGAAGCAGUUAGAAAUAUGGAAAGUUGGGUUGUUGACAAUAUCGAAUCGUAUAUUAAAACUGGGAAAGUGAAAACCAUUGUACCAGAACAAUAUAACGCCUUUUAA